AGCACGACAUCCUAUCUUCUCUCUUACAUGAUUGUCUUUGGCAGUUGCUUUACUCAGUUCUUAUUUUCUCUUUUAUUGCUCUGUUCCUUCGAAGCCUCUUCUUGGUUUUGCUCUUCUUAAUACAGAUUGGUCAGCUUUCUUCGUCUAUGGUUGCUGUAAGGAACUUUCUUUCUUUGUCAUCUUCUCUUACAUAUCUGCAGCUUGUAUUGUUUCAGGUUACAUGUUCGUUCUUUUUUCCCCCGUUUUACUUUUUGUUCUGGCAGUUUUUGUUUCUUCUUAAACUCCUGGAAAAGGAUAUGAGUUUGUCCGAGAAUUGUUCCACAGUUCUUAUUCAUAUCGUUCGUCGACUGACUUCACAGGAAGUAAACAAAUACGGGUCUCCAAAUUUGCCAGACCAGCGUAGCAUUGAGCUGAGAGAUGCUACUCCAAAGAAGAAGAAGCAAUGUCAUUGCAAAAACUCAAGAUGCUUGAAGUUCAGAAUUUGGAGAAGUGGGGAAGCGUGUGUAGCUGCAAUGGGGUAAGAACUUCUGCAAUCGAGUUUUAUAAGAGAGUCCCAUGGGUCUUCUCUCAUGCUCCAUGUCCUUCAGUCUGAAGUGCUCAAUUUUGGCAUUAUGCUUGAAAUUGAUAGACAGUGAUUUAUUACAAAAUUCCGCAACUUACCUACUCCAUUUUGUGUUCAGAGUAGUCUUUUAAGGUACAACUGGGGAGCCCUUAUAAUUUUCCCUUGGUACCCUGUAUUUCAUAUGCAUUAUUAUAAUUAGCCAAUUUAUUAUUAUAGUUACUCAUUAACUUUUUGUAUCUGUAACAUUAUUCAUAAACUAUGUUAUCCUUAUUUAUUAAUGCUAAUGAAUUUCCUUUAUUCUCUGUGGUUAAUCAAUAAACAUGGUUUGAUAAAUAAAAAUACUAAAAAAAAGGUAAAAAUCAAUUACAAAUUGAACUUUACCUCCAAUAACAAUUUCCUUUUAACGAACAUUUACCUUGUUAUCCAUCUUAGCUAGUUCACCUACUUCAUAUAUAGCUAUCUUUUGUUUUACCAAAAAAAUUUACAUUGAAAUAUGGUAGCAUGCGUUUCUAAACCAAAAAAUUUUCCACAAUAUAUUUUACCAUUAUCCACCAUUUCAUUUGCAAUUUAUGAAAUCAUCACUUUCUACUUUAUGGAUCAAGCUUUAGAUAUAAACGGAAUCAACAUCAACAACUGACAAGCCAUUUCUACUGCUUUUCCAUUUAUAACUUUUAAUGCUUGCACCAUUCUAACAUUUUCAGCUAUCAUGUACACCACUCUCCUACAUUUGUCCCUUUCUUACUUUUAAUUUUCAUUGUAUGAUUUCAGCCUAUUUCACUUCCACACCCAACUCUCAUCUUAAUCAUUCCAUAUUUAUCUUAAUCUAAACUUAACAGCCUAUAUAGUUCACAUCCUUCUUCUUA